AUGGAAGAGCAAGAGAUUGUUUAUAAGAAUGUUUUGGACGUUGUGUUGUCUGAUAACGGUGGAUUCUUUUUUCUAUAUGGUUUUGGAGGAACUGGAAAAACAUUUGUUUGGAAUACAUUAUCUGCUGCUUUGCGUUCAAGGGGCCUUAUGGUCUUAAAUGUCGCAUCUAGCGGAAUUGCAUCGCUAUUGUUACCUGGAGGUAGAACGACUCAUUCAAGGUUUUCUAUUCCUGUUUCGAUAAAUGAGAUAUCAACCUGUAAUCUUCGUCACGGUUCCCCAAAAGCUGAAUUAUUGAAAAAAGCAAGCCUAAUUAUUUGGGAUGAGGCACCUAUGUUAAACAAACAUUGCUUUGAAGCUUUAGACAGAUCUCUUAAUGACAUUAUGAAGACUCAGUCUACCCAUGGUUAUGACAUUCCAUUCGGAGGUAAAGUUGUGGUACUAGGAGGCGACUUUAGACAAAUACUUCCAGUUAUUUCCAAAGGAAGUCGUUCUGAAAUCUUCGGUUCAGCUAUCAAUUCUUCAUAUUUGUGGAAUCAUUGCAAGGUAAUGAAGUUGACUGUUAAUAUGAGAUUACAAAAUGCUACAUCGACUUCUUCAGCAUCAGAAAUAAAAGAGUUUCCAGAUUGGUUGCUUCAAGUGGGAGAUGGUACAGCUAAAACGAUUGGUGAGGAAGAAACACUUAUUGAGAUUCAUCCAGGUCUUCUUAUUGAACAGUGUAAGGAACCGUUGCUUGAAUUAGUUAAUUUUGCAUAUCCAAACCUUGCGCAUAAUUUGCAAAAAAAAUCAUUCUUUCAAGAAAGAGCGAUCUUUGCACCAACACUAGAAUGUGUAGAGGAAAUCAACAACUUUAUGUUAGCAAUGAUUCCUGAUGAUGAAACAGAAUAUUUGAGUUGUGAUACUCCGUGCAAGUCAGACGAAGAUUCGGGUGUCAAUGCAGAAUGGUUUACAUCUGAAUUCUUAAAUGAUUUCAAAUGCUCUGGAAUUCCAAACCAUGCAAUUAAACUGAAAGUUGGUGUCCCUAUCAUGCUCAUUCGAAACAUAUACCAAGGUGCAGGGUUGUGUAAUGGCAACAAGCAUAAAAAGAUAUCAAGCAAUUUAUUGAUCAUCUAA